UUGUGAGUCUGUGCUAUUGGAGCGUUUUAAUACAAUUAAUACUUUUUUCGCUAUUUGAAGAAUCAGCAGCUGACUACCGGUUUACGUGCAAUGUCAUUACCCGUUUAUAACACUCAAUUGCUGGUUCAGCGAGACGACGUGCCAGCGUUAGUGAUCAAUCCAAACAAUCCACCACCAUGGCUACAGAACAGCACAGCGCAAAUCAUCUAUGUGCAAAACUACGUACAACCAUAUAUGCCCGUAGAUCAAAAUGUAUAUUUACAGCAGUACGUCCAAAACCCCAUGUAUGUGAACGUGGACCCACGAUUUAUGGUAGAAUCGAACCAGAUAUAUCAAAACCCACCGAUGACGCAAGAUAAAACUAAUUUCAUGCAAAUCCGUCCGAUGCGACCGACACGCAGCGUUCGACCGAGGGCAUACCGGCAGAUUCAGCCUAGAGCAAGAUUCCCUAACAUCCAGAGAGUACCGUUGCAAAUGAACGAAAUGAAUGGUCUAUCUAAUGUAAGAUCAAUGAAUGUGAUGAAUGUUAACUCUGCAAAUGUUAGAGGAAUUAAUGAUGUAAGCAUGGCAGGGGAUAGUUUAAACCCAAAUAUCAAUCGAACAAUGUCAAAUACCAUAAAUGUUGCAAUGACGAGCGAUAAUUUCAAUGUAAAUAACAAUAGAGUAAGUAUGGGGAAUGUUGCCAUAAACGGUGCAAUGACAAGCGACAAUUUAAAUCUAAAUACCAAUAGAGUAACUAUGGGUAAUGUUGCCAUAAAUGGAGCAAUGGCAAGCGACAAUUUAAAUCUAAAUAACAAUAGACCAAGUAUGGGGAAUGUUGCCAUAAACAGUGCAAUGACAAGCGACAAUUUAAAUUUAAAUAACAAUAGAGUAACUAUGGGCAAUGUUGCCAUGAACAGGGCAAUGACAAAUGACAAUAUAAAUGUAAAUAACAAUAGAGUAACUAUGAAGAAUGUUGUCAUCAAUGGAGAAAUGGCAAGCGAUAAUUUAAAUCUGAAUAUGCAUAGAGGAGCUAUGGCGAAUUUUGCCAUAAAUGAAGCAAGCAAUUUUAAUAAUCCCAAUAAUAAUAUAAAUGGGGUAAUUGAUAAUAGUUUUAACGCAAAUGAAAAUACGAUUAUGACGAAUGUUAUAGGAGCAAUAAACGCAACUUCCAUACAUGGACCAAUAAAUGCAUCAAAUCGAGUGUCUCAAGUACCGAAUAUGACUCAAAUGUCAAUAAAUACAGUCAAAACAAAGUCUAACGCAGCAAGCAAUUGCGAUAUAGGCCCUAAUACAUUACACCGUAUGACAGAUAAUGCCGUAGUAAUAUCAAACGUAGCCCCAAAUUCUAAUCUAUAUUUGCCUAGUAAUGGGGUAAAUUGUAUAAACACCCCUGUUAUGUCUAAUUUAAGUGGGACAGUAACCAAUGUUAACAAAAAUGAUACAACAAAUUUGAGUGCUUUUAAUGCAACUGUUAAAAAUGUGCCAAGUUUAAUAGGUAUUAACGCAAAUGUUGCGAAUGGGGCAAUUAAUAUUGCUAAAAGUGGACCAUUACGUAAUGUAACUAUCAAUAAAUCAGUAGCUACAGUUGCUAAAAUCCCAAAUUCAAUCAAAAGUAUUGGUCCAAAUUCUGUAAAUGCAAUUAAUGGACCUAAUUUUGCUCCAAAUUCUGUUAAUACCAUAAAAGGGCCUGGUAUUAGUGCAAAUUCUGUAAACGUUACAAUAGGACUUGCAUCGAAUGGAUUGGCUCGUGGAGCAGUAGCUGCAAAUGUAAAUAUUGUUGGUCCUACUAAAUCAACCCCGACUAAAGUAAAUCUUGAAAGGAAUAAUCCAAAAAUUGAACAUAACAAAAUUGUAAUCGCUCAACUAGAUAAUCCAAAUGAUGUCGAAGAUAAACCAGCUCAGACAGAAUCUAAAGAUAAUACACGUAACGAACAUCGAAAACGUAAAAGUGAAUCUCCUGAUGAAAUCAAAAGUAAAUUGCACGUACUUGAUAUUAAUGAAGAUAAAUUACAACGAAAAACUGUGUUUACACAAGCAAGAGGCAGAAUUUUGAAUGUCGACACGAAGGAAAAUAUUCCAAUUGAUGAAGAUAUUAAGAAAAUUAAUAAGGCGUUUAAUAAAGACGUUAAUGAUAAAGACUAUGUCUUGACACAUGUUUUGGAUGGUUUCGUUAUACAAGAGUCCAAUGUGGCCUUUCCGAUUCACAAACCGAUCGUUGAAAAAACGAUUCGUCUCAGCUCAGAUGCAUUCAAAGACUUGGAAGAUGAGAUACCGUCCGUUGCAAUUGUGAAAGAGUCCAACAUACAGGCAGAUGAAGAGAAAACGAAUGAGAAAGAAUUAUUAAAUGAGAAAAAAGCCAAGAUAAAGAAAACCGAAUGUUUGAUUAGUGAUGGGACCCCAUUCAGUCGCCUAACACCAGCUGCCAUCAAAAACUGGACGAUGGAACAACUAACAAACCACUUGUCAAGCAGUGGUUGGAAGGGCACGUCGUCAUCAUUCUACGAGCACGAAAUCGACGGCGAAUCACUCCUGCUAGUUUCAAAAUCACAGUUGCUAGUUAUAGGCGUUAAAGAAGAGCAGGCUGAUAUUAUAAUUGCAUUCGUUAACAGUGGUAAAAGUUAGUCUGAGUAGUUUAAUUUCAAAUGUAAAUAAUGUAUUUUGUUAGAUUUACACUGAAAUUGUGUUAAGUGGUUUAAGACUAGUGGUUAAACUUAGUUUUAAAGGCGUUUGGAAAUGAAGCUGUUAAACGGGCAGGUAUUAAGUUAAAUUGUGACAGUUUUAAGUAAAAUGUACAAAUUGUAUUAUGGUGAUUUAAGAAAGUUAAGUUGCAUGGUUAGUGCUUAAACUAAGAUAAACGGUUUAAAUCGUGGUUAUGAUUAGGAUAUAAUUAUUUUUAAUAAAAUAGUUCCCGAAUGCGUUCAACUUAAAACGGAACGGAUUUUACGAUUGAUCUUAAGUGUCAUUAUUAAGGAGGUUUUAACUUUUAAUAUAUUUUAAUCAUGGUUUCAUGGAAAUUGACUGAAUUUUAUCGGAUUGUUUAGGUCGUGAAUAGCAUGUGAGCCUAUUAUGGAAUAUUUCCGUUUUUAAUUUGUUUGUAAAUACAUAUUUUUAUAAAGUA